AUGACAAAAUCGCUGGCUCGAAAGGAAACGAAUAAGCGAAAAACUUUAUUUCGGAAUGAAGCGAUGGAUGCGGCUGUAGCUCUUCCAAGCGACGACAUUACCUUCGAGCAAGCAUGGAUUAUCCACAAGCUUGAUUGUUUAGGUUGUCUACUUCACGACAUGCACAACCCGAAGCCAACGAAUUGUCGUGACAACCCAUACUGUAUCAAGCGACUGGGAUUGGAAAAGUUCGAGAGACUCAUCAAAGCGGAGAAAUUAAAUAGUGCAAAAGUUGAAGAGAGUCAAAAGCGGCGCGACAUCUUGGAAGUUCCCUGUGGUUUGACCAAUUCUGGAAAUUUCUGUUAUGUUAAUAGCUUCUUGCAGGUCUGGUAUAAUGAUCCCAUCUUUAGGCAGAUCAUUUUUGACUGGCGACCAUCUUCAGAUUAUGUUAGGCCACCACCACCUGCAAUGGAUGUAGAAGCUGUUAUGAACAGUCUCCAGCAUUUGUUUUACACCAUGCAGACUACGCCAUUCGAGGACACAGAUGACAACAGGCAUUUUACUGCCGCUCUCCGACUUGGGAAUGAACAACAAGAUGCGCAAGAAUUCUCUUUGGUGCUCUUUGAUGCUCUCGAUAGAAAUCUAGCUAAACACCCACAUGGCGAAGUAAUUCGCCAAAGGAUUCGUGAGCGGGGUCUUCAACUCAGCGGAUUUGGUGUACAUGCGGACUACCUUUGUGACGAGUGCAGUCGACGUGGUUACGUAAAACGGCAAACAAUACCAGAAAAAUUACCUCCUGUGAUUAUGUUGCAACUAAAUCGAUAUGUUUUUGAUGCGAAUGGUAGGAAUCGUAAAUUGAAGACACCGAUCGUAUAUCCCCGAGAAUUAUCGGCGCGAUCAUUUCAUUUAGGUGUUUCGAAAUACGACGAUUUUGACUAUGAACUCUUCGCUGUUAUGAUCCAUGAAGGCGACAACACCUUUUGUGGACACUAUUAUGAUCUUGUUCGUCAUCCCUUUACUGGUGUUUGGUACAAGUAUAAUGAUGAGCAUGUAGAGCCCCUAUCUCGUCCACCAGGAGUAGAACGGAGCAAAUCUAUUCCUGGUGGGCGGCCAACUCCGGAUAUGAAAGCCUGUUAUGGCCUUGCAUAUCGUGUGAGAGAAGCGAACAUGCCAGAUAUUGUUAUGCCUCCAAACGAAAUCACCGAAAUAUGGGCUACCGCGACGGAGAAUAAAUUUGAUGGCCAAACUAAAGAGACAAUUGCAAAAAGUGAGAAGCGGUUGAACGACUUGACAUUGCGAUUUACUCAAUUGAGCAAUUUGUUCGAAGCACUUGAGACUCAUGCAGAUAAAUACAAGACACCAAAGGAUAUUGCUUUUCUUCCUACAAAGUUGUUAAGUGAUAUUCUGGAGAAAGAGUACUCCUCGAUAGCUCCAGAUAAUAGAGGAGAUAUCGAGAAUAAACCAGCUGAUGCAGCUCAAGAGGAGUCGUCAGGAGAGCCUAACCAGUUAAUUUCUGCAAAACGACCAAUUAGGGCAUCCCGAUUGCGGACUGUUCGACAUAAGGUUGCUCGUCAACUUUCAUCACAAGAAAUUCCAAUUUGCUACCAUGGUCGGCUUUUUGUAGAUUCGGUUCUCUUUGGCGACGUGAAAGCAGUAUCGAGAACUACCGCUGAGUCCCUGUUGCCCCAGUAUGGUAUAAUUACGAAGGUCAAAGGCGAAAAUCGCUCUUCUGAGGAUUUCCAUCCACUUUUGACUGGAAGUGAUAUUUGCGUCGAUUGUGUGAAAGAACUACGCCGUGAGGGUCAAUUCAGAGAUAGUCUCGAAAGUCAUGUCAAAUUAGCUACUCGUAUUUUGAAGGACAAAACUAGGUGUUCUUUAUCUCGGACGCCGAAACCUGAAGGCUAUCUGUACAUAUCGAGGAAAUGCCUUGCUAAUUUCAAGAAACUAGCGUUACGGGAAAUGGAGCAUCAGCAUAAACUACAGUCUACUGGAGCAAGCUUGCAGUUUAUGGUCGACCUUGCAACGGUUGACAACAAAUAUUCUGCUAAUGCAAGUUCACCACGGCGUAGUCGAGUGCCUCGCCGGAAGCGAAUAAUGACGAGAAAUGAAAGCGAACCAAUGGCAAUGUGCAAUGGCUGCCACACGCCUUCAAAACUUUCAAAGGACGACCCUAUCAUCAAUCAUGAGACGGCGGAUGUCAAGGAGAAUGUCGUGCAAGUCGAACGUCAAGUGGCUGAAGAUGUGUAUUUGGACGUGGAUAAUGAGGAUGAUGAAGUUCAAAAAAAGGUUGAAAUAAUGCCGCAGUCUGUUGAUGAUAAAGCAGAGAUGUUUGCUUGUGGGGAUGAUAUGACAUUAGCUUCUUCCGAGGUCGAUGACAUAGCUUCUUCAAGCAAUUCUGUCGAGUCAGGUGUGCAACAGAUGGAUUCAUGUCGCCUUGAUUCUGAGCCUACUUCCACUUUGUCAUAUAACUUUCAAGAUAACUCUGCAACAGAACUUAACGAUAAAAGAAAAACAUUGUCUGAGAAUGGAGAUGUGAAAUCUGAAAAAUCAGCAAUAGUUCAGAAAUAUUGUGAGGAACACGAUGAGGCGAGUGCGGCUGGUUCACCGCAUGAACGCCCUUCAUGUUCCCCGCCUGAAAAUUCGUUGUCUUCUCCAUUGGAACGGCCGUCAUCAUCUGCAAGUCACUCAAGUACGCACGACCUUGGAGCAGUGGAGUUCAACUCAGAACUACGAUGUGAACAUGGCUGUGUUAACCUUGACGAGUUUCGCCAAGCAGUUAGUCCAAAGGAAUGGGAGCAGCUGUCCUCUUAUUUUGACAUGGCCACAACUUUUCUUGUACGUUGUGAUGAACCAAUCUGUCGACAGUGCGAGCAAGAAUUCAACGAACAGCAGAGCGGUAAGCAAGAGUUGAAAGAGUCUCUGAGGGAUCUUCGUGGACGCAUUGGAGAAUUACUUCGUGAUAUAGAUCGACGUCGUCCAACAGAAGAAGAAUAUGGCACGAUUUACUCUCGCGGCAUCUGCAGCAAGUUCCUUGCUAAGCUGAAUACAACGAUAAAAGCGCGAAGUUCGUCCUUGGUGUUGCCGUCAAUUUGUCAAGAGUGUGUGUUAUGUUCACAUGGUCUGCCAAAUGUAGGAUUAGCAUGCGAUUUUGGAAGCGUCCAUGUGGUUGCUUUGACUGAACAAGAGUGGGACAGACUUUGUGACGAAGUCGUUACUGGCGUGGGAGCAAGACGCAUAUCCAGUAUGUGUGAGAGCUGCUUUGGCAAGCGUCUCGAAUCACUUAAUAUACAGCGUUAUGUUUACGAAGACGAGUUUAUCUACGUUGCAUUAAGUGAGGAUGGUGCUUUAAAUGGAUCGUUCGCGAAAACAACAAGACGAACGCAGAAGAACAAAUGUUUUAGGGUCAAAAUGUCAUCAACCGAUACAGUUAAAGAUCUUAAAGUCCAACUUUACAAACAAACCGGUCAAACACCUAAUGAUCAGUUGUUAUAUCGAGAAUUAGGAGGUUCCCUCCUUGACAGUGAUUCAACGCUAUUUGACGCACGCAUUGAGAAAAACAAUGCUGAUCAGCCUCUUAUUCUGAUUGCACAGUCAGUCUCUAACGUGCCUACCAAAUAUGACGAGCAGCCGCGAGCUCCGGAACGUGGCUUUAUCGAUACUGCACUUGCUCACUAG